GAGAGGUUGCAGGUGGGAGCAUGAAUAUGAUUAACACUUUCCAGGGAACACUACAGAGACAGUUAACACGGUCGGAUUCUGAAAGCAGCGUAGAGAACAGGCAAGUAAAUAAACUGACUUUGAACUCUCCUGUCGAUGAAAACAAGGCCAGUCCCAUGAGCUGGGUUGGUUCCAAGGAGCCAAGAAAUGGAGAGAUGGACUUUCUUCCAGUGCAAAGCAAGCAAGAAACAGGAGACCAACCAGCUACAGUUUCCAACAAUCAAAAGGGAAACUUUACACAGCUUGUUGAUUGUAUCUCUGGGCCUGAUAGCGCUCCAGACUGUUGCCACGUUGUUCUGACUGGUGCAGAGGAUUUGGUGGAGGAGACGGCUGACAGUGAUAAGGUGGCAAAGGGCCUUGAGAUAAAGGUGUUUGCUGCUUUAAAUUUUGCUUUGGUUUCCGGAGAGGCUGAAAAACAUUUGAGACAGAGUGACAGCUGCUCCCCAGAGAGUGGUGAAGACCUUGGUAUCUGUGAUGACAUGGGAGCAGUGUCUGAUUCAAACAGCUACACAGGUUGCUUGCAAACCCUUGCUGCAGAGCUACAACCAGCGGAGAGUCUCAAACCAGCAGCAGCCGCCAUGCUGGUGACACUGAUGAACCCCCCUAAUGAUGAUACCAAAGAAUGUGUCCCAAACAAAGAUGCUGGAGAACAGCCUGCAGAAGAUGUGGAUAUGAUCCUGCAAGGGCAAAGAAAAAAGGCAAAAAGCCAAGAGGAUGAGAAAGCACUUAAGGUUGCAGACGUGAAGAAAACUUUUGAGAAGCGUAAACCUGAGGCAGAGAAAGCCACACCACCCGCUAAAAAAGAAACAAUGAGACGAGUGGUACGACAGAGCAAGUUUCGGCACGUGUUUGGGCAGGCGGUGAAAAACGACCAGUGUUACGAUGACAUUAGAGUUUCCCGUGUUACCUGGGAUAGUUCGUUUUGUGCGGUCAAUCCCAAAUUCGUUGCUAUAAUAAUAGAGGCGAGUGGCGGCGGCGCAUUCCUGGUUCUGCCUUUACACAAGACAGGUAGAAUCGACAAAUCCUACCCCACCGUAUGUGGCCACACGGGACCGGUGCUUGACAUAGACUGGUGUCCUCACAAUGAUCAGGUCAUUGCCAGCGGCUCGGAGGACUGCACCGUUAUGGUGUGGCAGAUCCCAGAGAACGGGCUCACGCUCUCACUGACGGACCCCGUCGUUGUCUUAGAAGGUCAUUCCAAAAGAGUGGGCAUCGUAGCCUGGCACCCUACGGCCCGGAAUGUCCUCCUCAGCGCAGGUUGUGACAAUGCCGUUAUCAUCUGGAAUGUGGGGACCGGGGAGCCUCUGAUCAACCUGGACGACAUGCACCAGGACAUGAUUUACAACGUGAGCUGGAAUCGGAACGGCAGCCUCAUCUGCACGGCUUCCAAAGACAAGAAAGUCCGCGUCAUCGAUCCCAGGAAACAAGAAAUCGUUGCUGAGAAAGAGAAGGCACACGAAGGGGCGCGGCCCAUGAGAGCCAUCUUCCUCUCUGACGGGAACGUCUUCACCACCGGGUUCAGCCGCAUGAGUGAAAGGCAGCUUGCACUCUGGAACCCGAAAAAUAUGGACGAGCCCAUCGCCCUCCAUGAAAUGGACACCAGCAAUGGGGUGUUGCUACCUUUCUACGACCCAGACACCAACAUCAUUUACUUAUGUGGAAAGGGCGACAGCAGCAUCCGCUACUUUGAGAUCACGGACGAGUCGCCCUACGUGCACUACCUCAACACCUUCAGCAGCAAAGAGCCCCAGCGAGGGAUGGGAUUCAUGCCCAAGAGGGGCCUGGACGUCAACAAGUGUGAGAUCGCCAGAUUCUUCAAGCUUCACGAGCGAAAAUGCGAGCCCAUUAUCAUGACUGUCCCUCGAAAGUCUGACCUAUUCCAAGAUGAUCUCUAUCCGGAUACGGCUGGGCCGGAGGCCGCGUUGGAAGCGGAGGAGUGGUUUGAGGGCAAGAACGCCGACCCCAUCCUCAUCUCCUUGAAGCACGGAUACAUUCCAGGCAAGAACAGGGAUCUCAAGGUGGUGAAGAAGAACAUCUUGGAUAACAAGCCGGCAGUGAACAAGAAGAGCGAUCUCAUCAGCGCCCCAAAGAAAGCAGCAGACAACUCAAACCCUCAAAAUGAAACCAAAUUGGAUGAAAUUUUGAAAGAGCUGAAAUCUCUAAAAGACACAAUAGCCCACCAAGACGAGCGCAUUUCCAAGUUAGAACAGCAGAUGGCGAAGACUGCAGUCUGAGAGCCGUGCAGGAGGAAGGGGAGAGGGAAAGAAGCAGAACUGUGACGAGAGCCAGGCGUGGGACGGGGGAGAGGGAGGGGCUGGGGGGGAAACACUGCCAUUUGGGGAAGACCUUCCACCUCCCAGCAGACUGCUUCCGGGAGUAUUCCGGUUAGAACUUGGUUCUCCUAAAUUCAUGAGCGCCAAUGGAAGCCAACAAUCCAAAGCCAACUUUUUUAAAAAGUGAAAGAUGAUCAUUUUGUUCCUGACAAUUGCCAUGUGGCCGUUGCCAAAAAGUGCUGAUUUUACAGUCUGUUUCCACAUAUUAAUUGAUCCGAACGCGAGUCCUUCUGCCUUUCCAAACUUGCCAACUUCCUUGGAUUUGGGACCAAUUACUGUGUUGUUUUUAAAGUAUUUUUUUUUAACUUUAACGUUGCCAAAAUCCAAAAGUAGCUUUUUUUUUUAAUUUCUCUCUCUUUUUAAAACAAAUUUUGCAGUAUUUGAUUUUCUUAAUCUACUGAAAUGUGUCUCUGUGUUUAUUGGUGCCAUUCAGAGAACAAAGUGGUUUUUGUGAGAAAUCUUUUUAUCUUUGAACAUUUUGGAGGGAGGGUCCCCAUGAAACAUGGACCAGGCGGCUCAGAAGGUGGUCUGGGGCUGAAAUGGCUCGAGCUCGCAGACUUUUACUGAAGGCAUCCUGAUCCCGCCUCCUCCCUGCAGGCUACAGACCCCUCUCACUCCCCUGUGCAGCGGAGGGCUUUUUCCAGACCUGCCCUUUGAAGUCCUAUUUCCCCUUCAGCCGGGCAUGUUGUGCUUUUGGUUUAAUCUCCAUUAGCGUCCCAGAUUGGCAUGUUGUGGUGACUGCUGGUUUUCGGGUCCACGUGUUUCUGCAGCCGUUCCAUUUAUCACCCGGAUGUAAGAUUUUAGAAAAUGAUAUUGGAGCAUCAAGGAUAAAAAAUUUUACAAGCUCUUGAGCAACUUGUUAGUAUUCCCUCCCUCCCUCCCCCCCUUCCUUCCUUCCUUUCCUGUGUUUAUAGCGUGCACAACCGUGCCUCUCUCGGAGCCUGGCGCUUCCUCGUCUGGGUCACGAAGGGUUAUUUAAAUAAGUGAGAUUUUUCUCUUUUUAAAAAUCCUCAUUUUCCUUGAGAAAUAGCAGCUGGAGCUUGACUGCAGCUGCAGCAGCAGAGGGGCGUCCUGUCUGCUUAUGGCCAGUGUCUUGGAGGCAGGUGGGCAUUUCAUGUCUUGGGCUGUCCGGCCUGGUGGCCUGGAAACAGGUGGGCAUUUCAGCAAAGAACCAGCUUUUCAGCAAGGAGGGACACGUUUCUCAGAUGGAAGCUUUGCUGGGCCAGGUGGGAGGCGGCCGUAGGUCCCUUGGGCCACCUGAUCCUUGCUGGCUCCCUGGCUGCAGCACUGCUCUCCAGCUCUCUUCGCGUGCGGCGCUGUAGCCCAGCCGAGGCCAGACACCCAGUGCCCUUGGAUUGCGUGCUGCCGCGUCGGCCACGCUGCCACAGUCCCUCACUCAGGGGCUCCAGCAUCAGACACUGAAUAGAAACGUGUCCUCCGCUGACUUGCGGCAGAGUUUGAUUCCCAGCUUGCACACACUUAGUAGCUGAGCGCACGUCUGAAAAGAACCCACUGCUGGGUCCUUGGUGCGCGUCCAGAGGAAAUGCAGACAGCUUGUGGGUGCCUGAGUUGCAGGAGACGGGAGGUGGAAUUCUCUGCUCUUUAUGUUUUCCUCCACUGCGUUCUUUGUAACGGCUGCUGAACAGGAGGCGCCUUCAUGCCAGAAGGGGACAUCUUCAGGCCCCAGAGGUGACGUGGGACAUUCUUGUCCAUCCUUGCUCAUCUGCAAGGCCUUUGUCCAUCCUGUGUCCAGGUGAUUGUGUGUCCUUGAGGUCCGUGGCUGCAGGUGAAGGGGAGGGGGGGGGUGGUUCAGAAGGAAGUUCCACAGUAGUUUUCACCAUUUGUGCUGGGUCCAGGGUGCCAGUUCAACCAGCACAGGCUGAUGCAGUUUCUCCCUUCGCUGAGUGUCUUGCAAACAUGGGAUGCGUUGGGUCGCCAAGAUUCCUAGAAGAAUCUUGCAGCUGGACCAUAACUGGAGAGCUUGCCGGUCACCUUGGAGGUUCUUUGUUAUAGGAGGUUUUGAAUAACACACACGGUGUUUCUCCACUUUACACACAAACACAUACACCGCUGGAAACAAAAAUGAAAUUGGGACAUGGUGAAACCCUCAUUUCAUCACCUGGAGUUAAAAUGUGCGGUGAGCUUUUUUCUCCCAUUCGUUUAGUUAGGAUUUCUGAAGUUGUCAGUUAUUGAAAAAAUAUAUUGCAUGUUCAAGAUUGGAUAGUAAGUGCUCUGGGAGGACGUUAGGUUGGAUCCUGCAGCUCCAUUCCACUAACCAAGCUCCCCCCACCCCAUACAGGGAGCCUUCUACUGCCAGAAGAAAAACGCCUUGAACCAGCGCAAAAGCAGCACCCGUUAGUGGAAUGGAUUCACAGGUUCCGGCGCCUGACGUUCUUGUACGGAAAGCUAAACCACAUAGAAACAAUUGUUGCCGGGGGUUUGUUGAGAGGAGGGGGCGUUGUGCAUGCGUUGCUGCGUGAAGAUUUAGGAAACAGGAGCUUCUACGAAUUGGGAAGGGGGAAGGGGCAGAAGAGGUGCGGUCGGUAUCGAUCGGUGCAUUUUAAGGAGAGGAGGGGAAGCCGCAGUGAAUCUGAAGUCAGGGCUGCUGGGGGGUGCCUUGAAAUGUGGUGUUUCAGUUUGCAAAGUGGUAAGUGACGUGCGGAAGUACAGAAGAGAGGUAAAAAAGAGAGACGAAGCCCCCCUCCCCAAGUUGUUAUCAAUCCAUACGUGUCGCUUCAGUGUUACGUUCUCGGGGACCUGUUGAAUUUUUAAUUGUUGGUGGGGGAGGCGCUUUCCCCCACCCCAGCGUCCAGUUCAGCCGUCCCGCAGUGACCUCCCUUUGUUGCUCCCAACAGCACUGGCUUUCGCAGAGACUGGCUUUCUUUGAGGGGAGGAGGGGUCGGGAAAGGCCGCCUUGCAGGUUUUCUCCACAGGGUGCGUUUUCUUCAAGAGAACCGGUGAUGCCCAUCCGCGCUCCGCAGAGUCAGUGCCUGGAGCUUUUUGCCAGCUGUGACGGCCGCCUCCUGCAGAAUCCAUCCAAAAAAGUGUUUUGAGAGACGCCCCUCUUAUAGAGCGGCCGUAGCGUUCUGUCGAGAUGCUUGCUUCCAGUUUCAGACAUUAAAGAAAAACACCGCUGGUUACAUCCA